AGUGCGUUGCGUACGUGCUAUAGAUCAAUACGAAUACAGUAGUGCUUUCCCCCCUUGUUGCCUUCGUGGAAUGGUGUUUUAUAACAAUAAUAAUAGAAGUAAUUGCACUUGAAAUUCACUCAGCAGGUUAGGACUCUUGCUUUCAUUUCGCAAACGAACAAGCAGCAGCGGCGGCAGUGAUUGUGGUGCAAGCCUUUGUUUCAAUUCCAAGUUCCGCCGCAAAGUUGGGUUCCCGAACCCGAUGCGGAAAACAGAGUGAGGCUGAGAAAAAGAAGCAAUAAAUAUACGAUUUCGGGGCGUGUGACAUGUCUGGAAAUUGAAAGGUGUUCCUGCAGUUGUGAAAAUCAAUAGCAUCCGGCAGGCUGGUAGGCGUCCAGUGCCAGUGAAGUUGUGCCGAGCUGUGGAAAGUUUAUUAUUCUCGAAGUUUUGUUUUCCUAAAAUAGGAAAAAUCAGAAAUACCUAGUGCUUUGAGUUUGGUAGUUCAGAGCAGUGGCAGAGAGUUGUAAUUGCUUCCGGAUGAUGGCGACGACUGUUUUGGCGAUGCGGAUAAUCUACUAAAAUAGCACCGAAGAAACAUUCAAGAUUGAUCGAAUCUGGAGUGGACUCAAACGCCUCAGAAUGGAAACAAAAACGAUGGAUCUCUACGAAUUUCUCGUAGAAUCGGAACUGCAGCAGUAUUACAAUUCGCUCAAAAACGAUCUGAAAAUCACCUCCAUAGCGCACCUGAAGUAUGCCACCGACGAGGACCUGCGGCAGGUGUGCGGCCUAUCCCGGCCGGAGAUUCGCCGCUUGCGCAAGUAUUACGAAAAGUAUUUCCCCCACGGUUACCUAAACAAGAUCAAGCGGUUGCUGCAAACGCCGAAGAAGGACGAGGGCGGGCUGGGUAGUCCAACGUCCACAGUGGAACCGCUGAAAAGUUGCCCAUCGCCCAGUAAGAUUCCCAACAAUAAGCACAUAAUUCCGGCCGAUGCCAUCACGGUAAACAAACAGCUCGGAACGGGCGAGUUCGGUAUCGUCCAGCAGGGUGUUUGGACGAACGGCACCGAACGGAUUCAGGUCGCAAUCAAAUGUCUCUGCCGGGAACGGAUGCAGUCCAAUCCGAUGGAGUUCCUAAAAGAGGCGGCUAUAAUGCACUCUAUCGAGCAUGAGAACAUUGUUAGACUGUACGGCGUGGUGCUAGACACGGAAUCUCUAAUGCUGGUGACAGAGUUGGCACAUCUUAGGUCUCUCCUGGAAUGCCUCAAAGAUCCGGGAUUGAGGGUGAGUUUUCUGACGGUUCCAACUCUGUGUGAGUUUGCGGCACAAAUUUGCAACGGUAUGAUGUAUUUAGAGAACAAACGACUGAUUCAUAGAGAUUUGGCGGCUAGAAAUAUCCUAGUGUUUAGUAAGAAUAAGGUGAAAAUAUCCGAUUUUGGACUGUCACGGGCGCUCGGUGUCGGUAAAGAUUAUUAUCAAACCAAUUUUAACGUAAAUCUUAAGCUACCGAUUGCAUGGUGCGCUCCGGAAUGUAUUAAUUUUCUUCGAUUUACAAAUGCUUCGGAUGUUUGGGCAUACGGAGUAUGCUUGUGGGAAAUUUUCUCCUACGGUUUUCAACCUUGGGCGGCACUAACCGGCCAUCAGAUCCUAGAAGCCAUAGACGAACCAAACUAUCAGCGUUUGGAGAAACCGGAAUGCUGUCCGAAAGAAUAUUACUCACUGAUGCUGAAAUGCUGGCAGCAUGACGCUGCAAAGCGACCCAAAUUUUCAGAAAUCUACCUAUUACUGCCGGAUAUGAAACCGGAACAGCUGAAAACAAUCGUAUCGUUUAGCGAGCCGAAGAAAGACCAUCUCCUGUAUCGGCAAGGGGAAAUAAUCACCGUACUGGACAAGAGCACUAACUCACCCUACUGGAAGGGAGUGCUAAACUCGGGUAAGACUGGUCUGUUCAAUCCGGCAAACACCGUUGCCUAUCUGGAUAGUCUUCCAUCGUCGAUCAACCGCGAUAGCUUCAGCCGAACUUCGGAGCGUACUAGUAAGCGCAAGAUAAGAACCGACAUGAUCUCUCGACCGCAGAAUGACUUGAAACACACCGGGCACGUUGGAAUCGACGGUGCCUAUUUUGGCGAUGUGGCCUUCCUUGCCAGUCCACAGAAUGUAAGUAAAAGUCUUUUUUUUGCUCCACCUGACAGUUAACCUUGCGAUUAGCUUCCCCGGCAGAUUGUGACACCAUACAAACCUUCGGAAGAUCUUGAACAGACUCCACUUUUGCUGCCGCCAACUCCCACCAGUCCGGAUUCGAUCCAGACGGCCAGUGGAUACUUCUCGGAAACACUGCAAACCGGUCAUCAGAGCUUUGUCAAUGCGGGCGAAAAUCACGACCGUUCCACCGUCGAUAGUGGCCUAGCUAGUGCGUUCGAUUUUCGCAACAGUGGCUUCAAGGAUAGUAACCCCUUCAUCAAUGUCGACAUCAACGGAGACAAAAACACGCACAAUCAAACUACUAAGGAAGCAAAAUCAUCAGACAAUCAUCAGGAUCCUCACGAGUAUCACGAAAUAUCCGACGAUGAUAUCCCCACGGAGAAGGUAUUCGACCACGGUACCUCACUGCUGGACGAAAUGGAGGACAUGUUUAAAUCGAUGACAACGGGAACGGAACAGCACCAACAGCAUCAACUGCCACCGCUUUCACCGGACGUGGAGAACACCAACAAGCGAAACGAACUGACCGAACUGUCCUCCAAGCUGAAUCGCAAGAACAGUUCAAGUUCCGGAACUGUUAACAAUAAAACUGGAAGUAAAUCAAAGAAGCGAACCAGUACCGUGAAGCCGAUAUCGGUGAAGGAUGAAAAACUGCUAAAUCAAGCCAUCGAGAUAGCCAAUGAAAUCAGUGCGAAAUCGAUGACCGACUUGGUGUCGGACUCGAGCCAGCAGACGUCCAGUCCGAAGCGCAAGUUUAGCUUCCGCUUUCCACAUAUUCACGGCGUGGUUGGUGGUGGCGGCAGUGGCGGUAGCGGAGGCAGUGCCGGCAGUAACCAUCAUCACUCGUCCGGUUCGGGAUCGACCGGACUGGGAGGCGGCGGUGGGUCGGCCAGCGGUAGCCGGGGCAGCGGUUCCGACAAGGACCACCUGGCUUCGUCGUCGUCCGGGCACCAUCACGGCGGUAUCGGAACGCUGACAGGUGCUUACCGCGAGAGGAGAAACUUUUCCGAGGAGGCGAAGAAUGUGCCAGACUUGCAUAGCACCAUCACCGAAGAACACCGGCAGGCGUACAAUAGUCUCGUCGAGAACCCGCACGGAGUCAGCGUGUUUCCGAACGAUCUGAAGUGCUUCACGUCGUCGACCUUACCGCGAUCGCGCUUCAACAGCACUGCCAGUGCCACAUUCUCGUCCGGAACCGGUAGUUUUCGGUUUAAGGAAAUGGAUUUUACGACUACGCCGACGCAUCCGGCACCGAGAUCUCCGGGACCGCAUUCUCUGGGUGGUGAAGACAACAGUUCUGGUGAUGAUUCGAAUCCUCUGCGAAUGCUGAGGAGCAAAAAUUUUCCCGCUCUGCGGCCACGGCUAAAAAUACAGACCCAAACUAGUACGGAGGAGAAUUUGGUUUCACUGGAGGAUAAGGAUGGAAUGUGUGAAAGUCCUAGCUAUCUGACGAAUCCGGAGUAUACUUAUAAUAAUGCCGCCGCUGGCGGUGGGACAGAUGCGGCCAGCGAGCUGCUGGCUGCAGCAGCGAAUCCAAUCCCUCUGCCGCCGCGGGAUCGCAACAAAGUCAUCGCCAGCAAUCAGAAACGUCACGUGCGCAAGUAUCCACUGAUCAUUCCGGCUUCGGGUCUGCAACGAACGCUCAACAAAGUGACACAGAUCACUCCGAUUGAGGAGAAAUCGGAUGUUUUUCUUGUACCACAUGAUGAUUCCGUCAAUCUGGACUCCAAUCACGUGCUGGAAAAGUCUUCCUCGGACUCUUCGAAGCUCAACGAAAUCGGCCAUUCGUACGUUAACAACAACUCAUCUACGCUGACGCAGAAAUCCUACGGCAAAGAGUUCGUAGAAAACAAUUUCCCCCACCUGAAGUCGAACCCACCGAUGACGACCUUACCGGCAACGAUUCCCGCCACCAGCACGAUCCUCACGCGACGUCGCAACGAGAAGGACGCUGCCAAUCGGCAGUCCUUAGCCCGCGAUCCAACGUACGAAAAUUUGGAUAUCUUUCAAACCCAUCUGAACAUCGACACCGCCUCCCUGCACUGUGAAUCGAUUCUGGAGAACGAUGCGGACAAAGCCACGGAUCUGUCGUCGCCCUCGAAUUCGAUCGACGUAGUCGACAGUUUCACCAGUGCGCUGUACGAUAUUGAGAGUAAAAAGUCGAUCAAACUAGUGGAUGACGUUCUGCGCAACGUCGACGUUGUCGACACCAAAACUGUGGAUAAAAAAUCAAUCCUGCGAUCACCCCCACCUCCGGUGGGACCAGCUCCCACGCUAAACGCUGCCCUAGCAGAAUCCUUUCAAACGACCCGAGCCCCACCUCCUCCACCGCCACCGAUAGCAGCGUCUCAGGUGACCCUAACCGCUAAUAGCUGCGACGACGCCGAGGACGACGUCGAUGGACUGCCAACCUCGCCGGCGUCGGUCGCCGAAGGUGACCUGAAAAAGUCCAUCAACUACGUGAGCUGCGAAGAUCUGCUGGAAUUCGCCGAAAAACCGAAAGGUCGAGCCCGCGGUCUGGAAUCGGACGAGGUGCGCAUCAUGUCCAAGGUGCUAGGAAAAAAUACUCCCCCCGAGCAGUGCAUGGUAACGCUGGACUUCAUCGAUUGGGACAUUCACAAGGCGAUAAAGCUGUGCAAGCUGCAAAACAUCCUAGCGGCGUUCAACCUCUCGCUGCCGGAGUGUCGCGAAGCGUUGGAAAACUACGACUGGGACCUGCACACUACGGCGCUCAAGCUGAAGGCGCACAAAUAACGACGGUAUGCCAUACUCCAUAUUUUACUUCUCCUUGUCGAAUCGAAUGUCUUCCCACGUAACUGAUCGAACAAGUAUUACCUACAAGUAUCUCUAAUUUCCUUCAUCGAACUGAGAAGGAAGGCCUCAGAACCAAGCUCAAAUCAAAAUAGCAAAAUGUUUUUUUCCAGUGCAGCUGCACUUUUUUCGCAUUCUAAAAAACACCAAUCAAAAUUUCUCCCACUUUUUUUUUGUCGCUCCAAGUGAAACACAACAAUUCGAACAAUGAUUGCCAAAAUAGGUUAACAAGUAUAUCUCAUAUAUUAUA